CAUCACUUCACAACGACGCGCGCAACGCCUCCUCUUUCUCCGUUCUCUCUCCUCCUCCAUCCCGUAAAGCCCCACGAAAGCAGCAUCACGCCAGCAACAGCAGUAGCAGUAAUAACAAUCGAAAGCAACGGCAGCAGGACGAGAUCAUCCAGGCAGUAAUCAUCUCUUUUUGCCCGUUUACCCAAUCCGCGGCUUGUCCAAGAUUCGCUGUACGCAUUGAAAGACAUCCGUAGUGGUCAUGCAGACAUCACAACAGCAACAUCAGCAACAGCAACAGCAGCAGUUCCAACAACAUAUGCAGCAGCAACAGCAACGGGCAUCAGCAAUGCAGGUAGCCGGAAGGAUGCCUAACGGCAGGCAUGGCUCCUUUGAAAUGGGCCAACCAAACCAAGGCUGGGGCUAUGGAUCAGGACCUAUGCCAGGAAUGAACCAAGGCCGCCCACCGAUGUCAGGCUUCCCUAGUGUGAUGCAAUCGUCUUUGCUUCAGCAACAACAGCAACAGCAGCAUCAGAACUCAUCAUCACAGCAAGCCCACCAACAUCCUAACCAUCAGCAGGAAAUUCUAGACAUGUCGGAUUUCCCAGCCCUUGGAAGUGCUAAUAGCGCUUCCUCUAAUCCUGGUCUUUCAGCAGCAAGUUAUGCUAGCACAGCAGGGACAUUGUCUAACACAGGAUCAUCGGCCCCUGGCACUGGUCUUUCGCAAGAAUUCAGCAUAGAGGAUGACUUUCCCGCGCUACCAGGAGCAAGGCCCAACUCUGCAGGAUCAGGUCGUCAUUUCGGUUCGAUGCAGCUGCAUCAACAACAACCGGCCCAUCAGAACUCGUCGCGAUCUCAACAAAGCCUUCAGCACCAUCCUUCUCAGCAGCAAGCACAGCAUAUGCUGCAGCAAUCGCAACUAGAUGGAAUGGGGGCGUUCUCUUCAAUGAUCAGCCCCUCCUCAGGUUCACAGCUACAGCAGUCGAUACAGCUUCAGCAGCAAUUGGCAAACGACUUGAUGUUUCAGCAGCAACAGCAGCAACUGUUGCACAUGAAUGGUACAUGUCGGAUCAUUGUUUGUUCUUUUCUGGAUCCGAGUCAUACAUGUUUGAUUCCUUACAGGUGCCUCGUCACUGACGAUUUGAUCGGCCAUCAUUAAUCUAGGCUCUCAUUCCCCUAUCAACGCCCAUCUCUCAAGUUCAUCUAGUGAAUUGGGCAAGGCGACAAAGGUAAUUGACCAGGCGUGGAGC